UGCGGGAGGCGACGAGCCUGGGGCACACUCACUCGCUCGCACGGCGCGCGGAGGAUCCUGUCCCCGAGCCGCGCCAGCCGAGCCAGCCGGGCGCCUUGCUCGGUCCGCUCGCCGCGCCGAGAGAGCUGCUCCAGACAGAGCCAGCCCGCCGGCGCCGAGCUGCCGAGAGCCCGGCCCCAGAGCCCCUGAGUGCGGCGCGGCGAGCCCCCGGAGGCGGCAGAAGGACCCGAGCGCCAGGAGAGGGCGGACGGGGGACAAGGAGGCUCCCGGCGCGACGAGGAGACUCUCAGAGGAGGCGGCGUGAGGACACCGGGGCCUCCUGACGCCGCAGCCGGGUCUAGGCGAGCAGCCCUACCGAGAGCUUGGCGGCCAGCAGCGGCCAGGGGAGGGGGCGCCGGCGGCCCCCGCACUAGCCAGCAGCUUGCGCCCAGGAGGGCGAGAGCGCGCGACCCGCCAGGGGCCCGCUGCCGCCGCCGCGCCGCCCUCCCCCGCGCUGUCAGCCCCGCCGGGCGCCGCCGCCGCCGCAGCAUCUUUUGCCUCUGCGCCCCCGCCAGCCCCGAGGAAGUCCCCGCCGAGGACCAGAGCUCCUGGGAGCGAAGGAGGAAAGACCAGAGACUCCCCUAAAACACCCAGAUGCAGAGGAUUGGAGAAGCCUCGCCAAAGCUUUCUGUGGAUUAAAAAGAUACACGAUUUUUUUUUUCUUUCGGCAGAAGAAACGGAGAGGAAGACCAGCGGGGAUCUGCAAGGAAAAAGGGGAGAUGUAACUCGUGGAUACAUUUUUUUCCACCCUUCAAACGUCUUGUUCUACUUUGUAAACAUUUUCUUUUUUCUUUUUUUUUUUUUUUAACCCCAGCUCAAGUCUGACGGCCCCAGAUCUCCAGUGUGCGAGGAGGUCGUGGUGUUUUUCAUUCGGGGCUUUGCAUAUUUGGUUAUUAGAUUUUGAGCCUUUAUUUCGCCAGACAUCUCAUGCGGGGUGAAGUCCGCUCGGCCCCCUCCUCCGAGUCUUCGUGUGCACGGAAUUUGAGGAGAUCCGGUUACUAAGGAUAUAGAGGAAAAAAAUAAAUCGCGUGCCUGCUUUUUUAAAAAUUGCCUGCUUCUCCCCACCCCCAAAUUAAGUUGCUUAGCAAGGGGGAAAGAGGCUUUUACCUCCCUCCAGCAGCUCAGCCGAAAGCCUUCCGUUUUUUGCCCCCGCGGAUCUUCCAUGUAGGAAGCCGAGGCUGGCGAGCCCGACAGUCGGGAGCCGCUGCGGGGGGGCCUCUUUUUGGGGAGGCGCCGACCCCGGCAAGCUUCGCCGACCCCAGGGAAGCGGCGGCUGCGUUCCUCCGGGGUGCGCCGGGGCCCGAGAGCCGCGCUCGGCGCGGGCCGCGCGGGGUGGGGCAGCCGGAGCGCAGGCCCCCGAGCCCCGGCGGGCGCCUCCGGGCCCCCGCGCGCGCCCCGGCCUCCGGGAGACUGGCGCAUGCCACGGAGCGCCCCUCGGGCCGUCGCCGCUCCUGCCCGGGCCCCUGCUGCUGCUGUUGUCGCCUGCGCCUGCUGCCACAACUCGGCGCCCGACUUCUUCAUGGUGUGCGGAGGUCAUGUUCGCUCCUUAGCCGGCAAACGACUUUUCUCCUUGCCUCCUCGCCCCGCAUGUUCAGGACCAAACGAUCUGCGCUCGUCCGGCGUCUUUGGAGGAGCCGUGCGCCCGGCGGCGAGGACGAGGAGGAGGGCGCGGGGGGAGGUGGAGGAGGAGGCGAGCUGCGGGGAGAAGGGGCGACGGACGGACGGGCACAUGGGGCCGGUGGCAGCGGCGCAGGCAGGGCUGGCUGCUGCCUGGGCAAGGCGGUCCGAGGUGCCAAAGGUCACCAUCCCCACCCCCCAGCCGCGGGCACCGGUGCGGCCGGGUGCGCCGAGGCGGAUCUGAAGGCACUCACCCACUCGGUGCUCAAGAAACUGAAGGAACGGCAGCUGGAGCUGCUGCUCCAGGCCGUGGAGUCCCGCGGCGGUACGCGCACCGCGUGCCUCUUGCUGCCCGGCCGCCUGGACUGCAGGCUGGGCCUGGGGGCGCCCGCCGGCUCGCAGCCCGCCCAGUCGCCCUCGUCCUAUUCGCUCCCCCUCCUGCUGUGCAAAGUGUUCAGGUGGCCGGAUCUCAGGCAUUCCUCGGAAGUCAAGAGGCUGUGUUGCUGUGAAUCUUACGGGAAGAUCAACCCCGAGCUGGUGUGCUGCAACCCCCAUCACCUUAGUCGACUCUGCGAACUAGAGUCUCCUCCUCCUCCCUACUCCAGAUACCCGAUGGAUUUUCUCAAACCAACUGCAGACUGUCCAGAUGCUGUGCCUUCCUCCGCUGAAACAGGGGGAACGAAUUAUCUGGCCCCUGGGGGGCUUUCAGAUUCCCACCUUCUCCUGGAGCCUGGGGAUCGGUCACACUGGUGCGUGGUGGCAUACUGGGAGGAGAAGACGCGCGUGGGGCGGCUCUACUGCGUCCAGGAGCCCUCCCUGGACAUCUUCUAUGAUCUACCUCAGGGGAACGGCUUUUGCCUCGGACAGCUCAAUUCGGACAACAAGAGCCAGCUGGUGCAGAAAGUGCGGAGCAAAAUCGGCUGCGGCAUCCAGCUCACGCGGGAGGUGGACGGCGUGUGGGUGUACAACCGCAGCAGCUACCCCAUCUUCAUCAAGUCGGCCACACUGGACAACCCGGACUCCAGGACGCUGCUGGUGCACAAGGUGUUCCCCGGCUUCUCCAUCAAGGCCUUCGACUACGAGAAGGCGUACAGCCUGCAGCGGCCCAACGACCACGAGUUCAUGCAGCAGCCGUGGACUGGCUUCACCGUGCAGAUCAGCUUCGUGAAGGGCUGGGGCCAGUGCUACACCCGCCAGUUCAUCAGCAGCUGCCCGUGCUGGCUGGAGGUCAUCUUCAACAGCCGGUAGCCGCGCGCUGGCGGGCGAGGACAGAGCGAGCCGGGCGGGCCCAGUCCAAACUACUUUGCUGCUAAUAUUUUCCUCCUGAGUGCUUGCUUUUCAUGUAGAAGUCUUUGGUCAUUGUUCUUUUUUUUUUUUUUUCCUUUCUCUCCUUCUCGUCAUCCUCGUUUAUGUUCCGUUUUGUUUCGUUCUUUGAGAAGUAGCUUAUGAAAAGAAUUGUUGGGGUCUUUUUGGGGGGGGGAUCGUACGGUUGGCAAGACACCCCCAUGUGGAAAGGGGAAGCAAAAAUCAGUCCCCCUGAACACAGUGUAUGAAUGGGGAGCAGCCCCUAACUCUGGGGGUCAUCGUUACACUUGUCAGGGUGGGUAUGUGAACAGAUGGGUGUGUGUGUGUGUGCGCGCACACCCACGAGCUCUGUGCUCCCAGCUGUGUCUCCCUUGCCCUCUGGACAUGCUCAGUGAGGCAGAGACAGCACCCGGGGCAGCCUGAGCCCAGUGUCUCAGCAGUUGCCAGAAGCAAGGCUCUGCCCUCGGCCAGGGAAGCCCCCCGCCCCGCCCUCCCCUUCUAAGGACCCAGGCCUGUCACUAGGCUUCUUAGAAACAACGCUGACCCAGAAUCGUGUUGGAGUUUGUCUUAACUCCCCUCCAGCCACCCUGCUGCCAUCGUCUUCCCUCGUGGCACCGGCUCCUGGAUGGGUCUGAGCUACAGUAUUGCUCCCCGGUGCCCUCUCCGGCCCUCAGCCUCUCCCCUGCCCCGGACCCCUCAGGUUUUACCCGGACUCAGAAAGUCAGCUCGGCACUUUGCUCUCCUGCGGCCUGUGUUGAGCUCUGCUGUUAGACCAGCGCGGGGAGCAGCCCGCUUCCCACCAAGGAUUCGGUCCGUCAUAACCCAAGGUACCGUCCUGGACUGACACCUAACUCUUCUUUCGUUUCUUCUCCAACUCAUACGCUCGUAUGAUGUGUUGACACUGCUCUUAGCUCAGUGAGCAUGUUUAGACUUUAACAUAAGCUAUUUUUCUAACUACAAAGGUUUAAGUGAACAAGAGAAGCAUUCUCAUUGGAAAUUUAGCAUUGUAGUGCUUUUGAGAGAAAGGACUCCUGGGGAAAAAAAAACAAAAAACACACAAAACCCUGAGAUUUAUUAAAGAAAAAAAUGUAUUUUAUGUUAUAUAUAAAUAUAUUAUUACUUGUAAAUAUAAAGACGUUUUAUAAGCAUCAUUAUUUAUGUAUUGUGCAAUGUGUAUAAACAAGAAAAAUAAAGAAAAGAUGCACUUUGCUUUAAUAUAAAUGCAAAUAACAAAUGCCAAAUUAAAAAAAAGAUAAACACAAGAUUGGUGUUUUUUUCUAUGGGUGUUAUCACCUGGCUGAAUGUUUUUCUAAAGGAGUUUAUGUUCCAUUAAACAAUUUUUAAAAUGUAUACUUGA